GUGUUGUGGAGCCCCAUCCACCCGGGUGGUGAGGCUGGAGACUGACCACACUACUCCUCCACUGCUCCUCCACCUCCUGUGUCUUCCACCACCACUCGUAUCCCAACCUCCGCAGCCGCCACCACCACUAUCCAAUGGGCGCCCGGGUCUUCCUUCACGAAUAAUACACUCUGAACCACAACACACUGAUGGACAGCAACAGUCACCACAGCGCCAUGGUCUACAAGAAGACCUCACAAAGGGGGAGUCGAGGUCCCCACAACAGCAUCUCACAGAGCUAAGCAAGGAGGAGGUAACAACGAAGGAGGUAACAACGGAGGAGGUACCCACUAAGGAGCUAACAAGGGAGGCCUCCUGGUACCUGGACAACCUUCACCCAGACCUCAGGCGCAGCGUGCACGGCCGGGAGCUGGAGGUCGACCUCGCCAGGACAGUGUCUCGUAUGUUACCUUCACAUCCCGCCUCCGGGUUACCCGCCUCCGCCUCCCUCGCCUCUACCGUUUUACCAGCCUCUGUCCCCCACUCCUCUGUGUUGUCCACCUUCCCUGAAGCAGCCUCUCCCCUUCUCCCGUCCUCUAGCCCCGUCCCGAGCUUGUCAUUAGCGACGGUUCCAUCAGAGGCCGCCCGCACUGUUCUUGCGUCGUCAGUUGUCUCCCAGGCUCCGACUACGGCAUCGUCACUCUCACACCUCACGACAACUCGCGUGUACAUCAUGCAAGGCUGCGGCGACGUUGGGCUAGUGUUGCUACACGCCCUUAUGCUCUGUACCACGCGCCCACCGUCCCGCCCACAUUCAGCCUCCCGCCAUCAAGCAGAGAUGCUCCUAUACCACUCCCACGACCCCGGGAAGAUAGUAGCGCCACACCUGGAGCGUGACAAGGGCCAGGUCUACCAGGUGGCCAGGCCACCCCAGCACCCUGGCCACCGCCCACACCUGCUGCUCCCCGGAGCCUGGUGGAGCUACCCAGAUCACAAGGACGGCUUCUCCCGUGGUCCACCUGCAGAGCUUGGCACCCGUGGUCCACCUGCAGAGCUUGGCACCCGUGGUCCACCUGCAGAGCUUGGCACCCGUGGUCCACCUGCAGAGCUUGGCACCCGUGGUCCACCUGCAGAGCUUGGCACCCGUGGUCCACCUGCAGAGCCUGGCACCCGUGGUCCACCUGCAGAGCCUGGCACCCGUGGUCCACCUGCAGAGCCUGGCACCCGUGGUCCACCUGCAGAGCCUGGCACCCGUGGUCCACCUGCAGAGCCUGGCACCCGUGGUCCACCUGCAGAGCCUGGCACCCGUGGUCCACCUGCAGAGCCUGGCACCCGUGGUCCACCUGCAGAGCCUGGCACCCGUGGUCCACCUGCAGAGCCUGGCACCCGUGGUCCACCUGCAGAGCCUGGCACCCGUGGUCCACCUGCAGAGCCUGGCUCCCGUGGUCCACCUGCAGAGCUUGGCUCCCGUGGUCCACCUGCAGAGCUUGGCACCCGUGGUCCACCUGCAGAGCUUGGCACCCGUGGUCCACCUGCAGAGCUUGGCACCCGUGGUCCACCUGCAGAGCUUGGCACCCGUGGUCCACCUGCAGAGCUUGGCACCCGUGGUCCACCUGCAGAGCGUGGCACCCGUGGUCCACCUGCAGAGCUUGGCUCCCGUGGUCCACCUGCAGAGCUUGGCUCCCGUGGUCCACCUGCAGAGCUUGGCUCCCGUGGUCCACCUGCAGAGCUUGGCUCCCGUGGUCCACCUGCAGAGCUUGGCUCCCGUGGUCCACCUGCAGAGCUUGGCUCCCGUGGUCCACCUGCAGAGCUUGGCUCCCGUGGUCCACCAGCAGAGCCUGGCACCCGUGGUCCACCAGCAGAGCCUGGCACCCGUGGUCCACCUGCAGAGCUUGGCACCCGUGGUCCACCUGCACCUGGAGGCCCCCGUGGUCUACCUGUGGAGGGUGGUCCAGGUGGCUUGCAUGGUCCACCUGUGGAGGGUGGCCCCCGUGGACCACCUACAGAAGUACCACCGAGGCAGGGGGACCAUACUUCUGGACUUUCACGGGACUUGAUGUUCCAGCGGCCUGGUGACCACCACAGCCAGAAGGCGUGGAGGCGUGCGGGCGUGCAGGAGUGGGUGAGUGGCGGCCUCCGGCGAGCCUCCAGGGACUUGGGCCUCAACCCCUACUCACAACAAGAGUCGGCGCCCCAGCUGCGCUACACGCCCAUAGAGCAGACGGUGUCACCUGGCUCCCCCGUCUCCUUAAAGUGUUCAGCUAUUGGCUCCCCCGUACCUGUCCUCACCUGGUCCCGUGAUCACCAGCCGCUGCUCACCUCCCACAGGACGCGGGUGGGGAGCUUCAGGACGGAGCUGGGGGAGGUGGUGAGCCAAGUGAACCUGAGCUCGGUGACGGUGCGGGACGGCGGCUCCUACACCUGCACCGCCCACAACACGCACGGCUCCGUCGCCCAUUCUGCCAGGCUCAACGUCUAUGGUCCGCCAUUCGUGCGUGCGAUGCCCAACGUGACCGCUGUGGCUGGAGAGGACGUGAGGCUGUGGUGCCCUGCUGGAGGCUUCCCCGCCCCUACCAUCACCUGGCGCAGGGAGGGACUCUCCCUCCCCACCUCCCUCAGGCAAGAGGUGGUGAUGAACGGGACGCUGGUAGUGAGGAGCGCCAACCACGACGACGUCGGCCGCUACACCUGUGUCGUCUCCGGCAGGCAGGGCGAGACUACUGCCUCCCACACCUUCCUCCACGUCCUCAAGCCGCCAGCGAUAGAGCCGUUCUCGUUCCGUCGGAACCUGCACGAGGGGGAGCGGACGCAGCUUACCUGCAUGGUCAACUCCGGUGAUCUGCCCAUCACCAUCAACUGGCUCAAGGACGGCGCCCAUCUGCAGCACGACCCCGAUAUUGACAGCAAACAAAUCCACGAGUACUCAACGGUGCUACUGUUCAAGAAGCUCAGGGAACACCACACCGGCUCCUACACGUGUGAGGCUGCCAACGCUGCCGCCACCACCAACCACACUGCCACCGUCAGGGUCAAGGUGUCGCCACGGUGGGUGGUGGAGCCAGUGAGCGCCACAGCGGUGGUGGGGUCGACGGUGGUGCUGGACUGUAGCGCCCGAGGCUUCCCCCACCCCGCCAUCACCUGGCUCAAGGCCCCAGGCAAGUCAGCUGAAGAGUUCCAGAGUGUGGUACUGGAGGGCGUGAGGUCAUCACAGGCGGCCAACGGGUCGCUGGUACUGACGGAGCUCUCCACCGCCAGCGCCGGCUGGUACCUCUGCCGAGCCGCCAACUCCGUCGGGAAGCCGUUGUCCAAAGUGGUCCAGCUCACAGUUCAUGCACCGGCGCGUGUGGUGACGGAAGGGGGUCGAGUGACGGGUCAUGCUGGACAGACAGUGACGGUGGCGUGUGAGGCUACAGGCGAUCCCCCCCUCGCCCUCACCUGGCACCGUCACCACGCCCCCAUCUCACCAGGUCACAGAGUGUCUGUGCGAGAGAGCAGAGUUGGUGGACUGGUGCGAGCUGUCCUGGAGAUCAGGGCGGUGACUUCAGGCGACGCCGGCACCUACACCUGCCGGGCCACCAACCCCCACGGCGACCACUCCCACAUCUUUGACAUCGCUAUCAUAGAACCACCGACUGCGCCUUCAGGAGUGGUGGUGUCUGACGUGGGGAGCCGCUCAGCCCGCCUCUCGUGGUCACUGCCCCAACCCGCUGCUGUCACCAUACAGUACAGAGCCGAAGAGGAGUCGUGGGCGUCCCAUGGGCGUAACGUAAGCGUAGGCCAGUGGGCAGCAUGGCACCUGCUGACGGGCCUCACGCCCUACCACACCUACGCUGUCAGGCUCAUGGCCCACAACGACCUCGGGGUGUCCCAGCCAUCCCUUGUCCACGUCUUCACCACCACCGAGGAAGCACCAUCAGGAGCACCCCAGGAUGUGCAUGUGACUGCAGGAGGUGCCUACUCCCUAGUUGUGACCUGGCGAGCCCCUGCCCCUCACCUCACCCAUGGCCCCCUCAGGGGUUACACCAUCGCCCUCCGUCGCCAGAACCUGCAGGGGCACCUCACCUACAUCACCAGGCCCAUCACCACAGCCUCAGGCGACACGGAGGUGGUGGAGCAGUACGAGGUGCGGGGUUUGACGCCAGCUUCCCUCUACGAGGUCGCCGUCAGGGCCUUCAACCGAGCAGGACCCGGACCUCUAUCCUCCCCCAGGAUAGUAGACUCCACUAGCCAUGAUGCGCCGUCGUGUCCGCCUGCAGGAGUGUCGUGUCGCGGGUCAGGGCGGGGCGGGGUGCGGGUGUGGUGGUCGCCCCCACCUGCACACUGCGCCCACGCCCCCGUCCAAGGCUACACCAUCAUCGCCACGCCCACUGACCACCGUCACACCAGCGGCAGUAGCAGGUGGGAGGUGAACACCACCAACCUGGAGAAGAACCUGGACGGCUUGCCCCCAGCCACCAACAUCAGCGUCCGGGUCAAGGCCUUCAACGAGGUCGGCUACAGUUCUUCCAGUCAUCCCAUUUUCUGUCUCACAGAAGACGAUGUGCCAGGCCCUCCCAGACGAGUGCGGGUGGUGGUGACGGGAGGCAGCAGCCUGCUGGUGACCUGGGUGCCACCACAGCCUUACACCGGCACCAUCCUCCACUACACCCUCUACUCUGCCAGGGACGACCAGGUGGCGGUGAGAGACGUGGUGGGAGUUGGAGGGUCGGAGGCCACCUGGAGGGAGGUGAACGGCCUGACUCCUGGCUCCAGAGUACAGGUAUGGGUGACAGCUGCCACGGUGGCAGGAGAGGGCAGCCAGUCGCCGCGGCUCACCGCCCUGCCCAUCCCCACAUCUUCACACCCGCCCAUCGCUGUGGGUGGUGGGCGGGCGUGGCGGGUGGGUGCGGGGUCUGGGGUGACUCUGGGUUGCCGGGGCCUUGGGUCACCACCACCCAACAUCUCCUGGACCAAAGGAAGCAGCAGCAGCGUCAGCAGCGAGCCGCUGACACAGCUGCUGCCAGGGGGAGACCUGCACCUCACAGCUGUACGGGAGACGGCCAACUACACGUGCUGGGUCAGCAACAGUGUGGGUGUGGACAGCUUGACCCAUUUGGUUGUGGCAGUCACCGCCCCACUCCCGCCCACGCUCACGCUCGCCCAUGCCACCCAUCACGCCCUCAACCUCACUAUCACGCCAGCAGAUGACGGAGGCGCGCCCAUCUUGGGGUACACCGUCCACCACCGUCAGCCAGCGGGUGAGUGGGUGGAGACGACCGCGGACCCCGGGGUGGGGAGCCUCACUGUGAGGGGCCUCCCGUGUGGCGCCCCUCACCACCUCUACCUCACCGCCUGGAACUCCCACGGCACCAGCACGCCCAGCGCCGUCCUCGUCACCAACACCCUCGGCAGCGCUCCUGGUCGACCAGACCCGGCAAAACUGGUGGAGGUGAAUGAAACGUGUGUGACACUGCGCCUGUACAUCUGGCCUGAGUUAGGCUGCCCCGUCACACACUGGAAGGUGGAGCUGGGCAGGGAGGCGGAGGAGGAGUCCUGGGCGCCCUUGUACGCCCACGUGACCAGGGACACCACUGACCUGGGCUUGUGUGACCUGACCUCGGCCACCUGGCACCUGCUGCGAGUCACGGCAGCCUCUACUGCAGGAGACACAUGUAUCGUGUACCGUGUGGCCACCAUGGACCACAGUGGAGGAUCCAUCUCGGCGGAGCCCGUGCAGGAGGUGGUGAUGAAGAGGCCUGCAGCGGCGGGAAGCUGGCUGGAUGCUCAUGUGGUGGCGGGGAUGGUCAGCGCCCUUCUCCUGGCUGCUGCUCUCAUCAUUUGUGUCUGCGUCGCCGUCAGGAGGCGAAGAUACGGUGGUUACAGCAGGCAGGGGGAGAACUUGGAGAACAAGGGGGGUGGCGAGGACGACAACGCGCGCAACUCGGAGCUCACGCGCGCCCACCUGUAUUCCCCGACACCCACCAAGAAGCCUCGAGGAUCUCUGGCCUCGCUCAAGACGCAAGAUGAGACGUCAGACCCCUACGAAAUCUGUCCCUAUGCCACCUUCAGCGUGGGCAGUUCGGAGGGCACUCUAGAGUACGGCCUGUCCCUACACGCCAUGAACCCUCGGGAGUGUUUGGACCACCCUGGCCAUCCUGACCACAGUGACCGCCUCCCUCACCACCACCAGUCUCCAGCGUACCCUCGUGCUCCACGCCAGCGCUCACUCUCCCAAUUUAAAGAAACAGAGAUCUCCUACAUCAGCAAUCGUAACCGUGCAGAGUAUGGCAGCCGCCCCAAGUCCAUGCCAGGAGCCCAGCCUCCCGCAGCAUCACCAGUACCUGCAGGAGGGACGGUUGAACAGAUCACUUGGGCUGCAGACACCAUUAACGAUGCAAGGAGUCGCCCACAUCGCUCCAGAAGCCGUACAAGAGCAGAGGCCACGCGUCGGGACUCUAGCACAGAGAGUAACGAUGCUUCAUCACCAGUACAACAACGGCAGCAUUACCAGCAUCCACAGAUGCCGCCGCCGCCGCAGCAGCAGCAGCAGCAGCAGUUAGCCCCGCAACAGCAGCAGUUGGCCCUGCAACAGCAGCCGUUGGCCCCACAGCAGCAGCAGUUGGCCCCUCAGCAGCAGCAGGCCCUACAGCAGCAGCAGCAACAGCAAGCAGCAGUGCGUGUAGGGCCCCACCCGUUACCGCCUGUUCGCCAUGCCAGAGUGCGGAGCGACUCUUCCUCGAGCGAGACCUCUCCCUUGACUCCUCCCAGACCUCUACACCCACCCUCGGCUUUCUCUGACUCGAGGGAACUCUCUGAGGCGGAGUGUGACAGAGAGAUGGCUCAGGCCACCACUGGGAAUGACGCCUCUCAAGCAAGAAAUAACAAUGGAAAAAGUAACAGGGAUAGCCUGCCCGCCGAGCUGACUGUGUUGCUGCAACACUACGAGCAGCACCAGCAACACUACGAGCAUCAGCAACACGCGCCACAAUCUGACCAACAACGAGGUUCUCAGAAAAGCCCGUACAGUAUAAAUGUUUAACUCGAGAAGCCUUAUUAUGUACAGAUCUUACUUGCAGGACGAUGUUUAUAUUUUUGACAAUAAGUACAUUACUCCCCAAGUAAUAAGUCGUGUGCUUGCCCAGUACUCUAAAAGAUUUUUUAAAAUUUUAAUAACUAAUUGUAUAGUGUAGUGUGUGUCUGUGCUUCAUAGAAAGUUGUAGUAAGUAUUGAUCUGUCAUUCAUUUGCAGUGUUGCAGAAAGUGGUUGCCAAAUAAUCGUUUCGGGGGAAAUUGUGCAUGAAAUGCUCACAAGUUGCAUAUGUGGUUGACUAUACCGUCAUUAUUUGAAGAAAAAUAACUCUCUUGGAAUACUGGCGGCUGAAUGGUUAUAAAGAAAUGUUGUGCAAAAGUUUCGAGGACUUGUAUAGAGAUCUCUACUUGCAAGUAAUGUAUGGAUUGGCCAGACGACAGGUCAGUUACUGAUGUGACUUCACUGGGACGUUAUGAGGUGGUCUAACACUUACACUGCACAUGUGGUGGUCUAACUAACAUUUACACUGCACAUGAGGUAGUUUAACAUUUACACUGCACGUGUGAUGGUCUAACUAACAUUUACACUGCACAUGAGGUGGUGUAAUACUAGCACUUGCACUGCACAUUUGGAUAAAGGCAAAAUAGUUCACAAAUUCCAACGAUAAAAAUACAUUAACUUGUCUAACAGAUAUAUAAAUGUAAAUGCUGAAGGUUUAGAAAAGAUCCAAUACCAGUAGUGUUAUAAUAAACCAAAUUCUCGGGUGACACUUGCAUCCUUCAUCAACUUGUUGUUGAACAUAGUUUAACAGCACCUUCUUAAGGGUUGUAGAUUUCAUCCGAAAACUUGAUUUAAAAUUUCAUUUACAAGUGUAUAGGGACAUUACUUACAUGCAAGCACUACGAAAGUGUAGUUUCUCCAGUGUAUAAACUGUUACAAACAAUUUCCGAGUGUUUUGUCUGAUCAAUUAAUACACACACACACACACACACACACACACACACACACACACACAUACAUUGAGGUUAGUCGUUGCUGUGGUUGAUGGUGCACUUGUAAAGUAGCUGUCGCAAAGUCUGUUUUCUUAUAAAAAAAAAUACUACCAUGAUUAAAUGUAGAAAUUUAGGUUUAUGCUCAAUAAUAAAAUUUGCAGAAAUAAUAA